UUGCAAGUCAAUAAUCGGCGCGCGUUCACUAGGCGCUCGAUCCUCGCUUUCACCAGAGGAGGUUACUAUAGCAACAACUGCUGAAGCACUUUCUCUUAGGAAAAGUGCUACAGUCGGUAGCCUAUUGCAAUUAUUUAUGACUUUAUUACAGUUUAAGCAUCAGAAACAUAUCACAAGCAUCUAAGUUGGCCGUGCGCGAAAUGUGCGAGGGGCGCCACAAGACGAAGCCAGGAAACAGACCGACGCCAAAGCCAGUGAAUAAUUUGCACAAUCCAAUAAAAUGAUCAAAACACGCGGAUCGUAAAGCUCGUGCGAGCUGUGGAGCGUUCAGCUGCUGAGAUCUCCGUCGCGCUGCGAUGCGGUAAACGGUGCAGGCGGCGCGCUUACUCUUGAUCUGAUCUGAGCCCAGAACAGGACAUUUUAAUAGGAGAGAGUUGAUGGACUUGGGUUUGAGAGAACCGAUGGAACAGACACGGGGAUUAUUACUCUAGCCAGAGGGGCAGAAGUUUAAUACUUCCCGGAUUAACUCUGCCGUAAUCGGCACGGGCUUCAGUGGAGCAACACAACCCCGGCUGAAACGCUUUUUAAUCAUACACUGCGGCGGGACCCUGACAGGUGAACGAGGCUAUACAUCAGAGGAAGCAGUAUCUUUUUUUAUUUACCUCAAUCUACAAACCCUCAAAGUGGUCUUUGCUGAAGAAGUACCUGUGUUUGGGAGAUAGGAUGUAGUUCCUCUAUACAUAAUAUAUGGGCUCUGGCUGCUCUGAUUCUCGAGAACAAAUCUGCACCAUAUAUUCACCGAGAACUGUUUCAUAUGGGCGAAGCGAGAAGCCGGUUCUCUUCGUGUUGGACAUGGGCUCGCUGUCAAGAUAACGGUGUGUCCGAUCCAGAGCGGGAGAAACAAUGGGCCGAACUGUUCGAUCAGCUGGAUCUAAAUAAAGAUGGGAGGAUCGAUGCGAACGAACUGCGCACCGGAUUAAGCGCCUCUGGGAUCGCUCGCAGUGAGGUGGACGAGAUCGUACGUGUUAGUGACACCAAUCAUGACGGCCAGCUGGACAUUAAAGAGUUCACACAGUAUCUGCGUGCACAUGAGAAAGAGCUCAGACUCAUGUUCCGCAGCCUGGAUCGCAACAACGAUGGUCACAUAGAUGUUGCAGAAAUUCAGCUCUCCUUGAACAGCCUUGGAGUGAAUGUAUCUACAGAGCAGGCCUCCAGAAUCCUGCAGAGCAUAGACAGAGAUGGUACUAUGACCAUUGACUGGAACGAGUGGCGAGACCACUUCCUGUUUAACCCGUUGCACAAUAUGGAGGACAUCGCCCACUACUGGAAACAUUCUCUGGUGUUGGACAUUGGAGAGCAGCUGACUGUGCCGGAUGAGUUUUCAGAGAAAGAGCGGCGUUCAGGUGUGGUGUGGAGACAGCUAGUGGCCGGGGCAAUGGCAGGAGCUGUAUCGCGAACAGGAACUGCUCCUCUCGACCGUCUUAAAGUGUUCCUUCAGGUCCAUGGCUCCAGUGGUGUGAGUUUGUUGGGUGGUUUGCGGGGAAUGGUGCAGGAAGGAGGAUUGAGGUCAUUAUGGAGAGGCAAUGGCAUCAAUGUCCUCAAAAUUGCCCCAGAAUCAGCUAUCAAAUUCAUGGCUUAUGAGCAGAUCAAAUGGCUGAUCAGAGGCAGUAAGGAGGGUGGCUCUCUAAGAGUUCAGGAACGCUUCAUUGCUGGUUCACUGGCAGGAGCUACAGCUCAGACCAUCAUCUACCCCAUGGAGGUGUUGAAGACGCGUCUGACCCUCCGGAAGACAGGACAAUAUGCUGGCAUGGCAGACUGUGCCAAACAGAUACUGCGUAAAGAAGGAGUGCGCGCAUUCUACAAAGGCUAUGUUCCCAACACACUUGGAAUCAUCCCGUAUGCUGGCAUUGAUCUGGCUGUGUAUGAGACUCUAAAGAAUGCUUGGCUACAGCGGUACUGCAUGGGCUCGGCUGAUCCUGGCAUCCUGGUGCUUCUUGGAUGUGGCACUGUGUCCAGCACCUGUGGGCAGCUGGCCAGUUACCCGCUGGCUUUAAUCCGCACACGCAUGCAGGCUCAGGCCUCAGCAGAUGGCACUCCUCAGCUGACGAUGGUUGGCCAGUUCAAGCACAUUGUGUCCCAUGAAGGCGUUCCUGGACUUUACCGUGGCAUUGCCCCCAAUUUCCUCAAAGUCAUUCCUGCUGUUAGCAUCUCUUAUGUGGUCUAUGAGCAUAUGAAGAAAGCACUGGGAGUGGGAUCUUAAACUAAGACAGAAUCAGAAUGAAAAAAGAAAGAAAGAACCUGCUUUAAAAAGAGGACGAUGAAACUUCUGGACCUCAUAAAAAGAGCCUUAGGGAGGCAUAGAGGGCCCCUAGAGAACAGAAUAAGUAAGACAUAGUCAGUGAAUGGCCUAGAAACCUCUAAAUUGUACACAAUCACAUUCCCAUGGCAAUUUGGAAAAGAUAGCUUUGGGCUGAGUAUGUUCAGAGUGUUUCUCUGUGACUGGCAGCUUGGAGAUCUCAGGUUUAUUGUACACCGUUUAUCUGCUGUUUCACAUAAACAACUUCUUAUCUACAAAGGUGAACACCACUGAAUAGUAUUUCAUUUUACAAGGAAUGUGAUGUAAUUUCCGUGGUGAUAAAUGUAGCGUGAUUGUGUAAUAAAAGAUACCUAAAGACGGGGAGUGAUGGUGACAUUGGGCCUAUUGCAGUAUUUGUAGGAAGAUUAACAAAGUUUUAUAUAUAUAUAUAUAUAUAUAUAUAUAUAUAUAUAUAUAUAUAUAUAUAUAUAUAUAUAUAUAUAUAUAUAUAUAUAUAUAUAUAUAUAUAUUUAAAUGACAACCAAAGUUUCCCUCCUAAAACUGACCAAAAUGUUGAAGAAGGUGUUUUAAUGUACACAUGGCAUACUUUAAAUAGCGUCUUCUGACUGAUGUUUCAUAACAUUUACGAAUGAUUUAUAAAUUGUAAAGCAUGUUUCAGCAGGGAUUUACACUGUUGUAUAUUUUUGUAAAAGUCAGUGAGAGGUAAGGAUGGUAUUUGCUACACUUUAAUGAUCAAAGGUAUUUGCACUGUUAAAAUGAUUGUAGAAUUUAUAUCUUAAACGGACUUGAACUGAUGUUCUUUUAUGACAUCUCUGCUGCUUUGCUACCUUUUUACAAUUUGAGCCUUUUCGGAUAUUUCAGUCUUCAUUGUUAAAAGUGUAGAGUGAAAUACAGGAUUUAGUGUUAAAAUGAAGUAAAUGCUAUAAAUAACUGCCUUGAACAACUUGCAAAUGGGGCAACGACAAGGGUAUUAGAUGAAAAGGGGAGUUUAUUAUUAAAUUUGGAUACUUUGUGUUUAUUAAGAAAUUUGCUAUGGUGAAUGCUAAAAAAAUGUGUCUGAAAGUAAUUUCUAAAUCUAUACACAAAGGGCUUUUGAGCCACAGGUAGUGCAUGAUGUAAGUGAUCUAAGUAGUUUCACAAUUUGCAUGUUUUAUGUGUUUCAAAAGCUCUAAUCCAUAUCAGAAAUAUGCAAAGCACUGUUAUAUUUAAAGCUGACAAGAAAUGUGUUUAACAUAAAUCAUAACUGCUGUUACCUGACUCUGUUUAUCUGAAAUACAUUAUUCAUAUUUUUUUAAUUAAUUGAACUGGGGUGCGUUUCCCAAAAACAACUAUGGUUGCAAGUUCCAUCGUUACCAAUAGAUUAAAGUGGAACUAAUAUAGAUAGCUAACGAUGCUUUUGGAAAAGCACCCCUGGUCAGUUGCAUCUAAUGCAGAUUUUGCUGAAUCUAAAUAUAAAAAUGCCUGCCUUUAAUUUUAAGUAUGAAAUAUGGUUUAGUUAUAAAUACUACUUGAUUGUAGUUAUUUGAGAAAAUAGCUUAUCUUAGAAACAAUUACCUCUGGAGAUUGUAUUUUGGAAUUUAUGUAGUUGUUUUAUUUAUUUUAUUUUAAUUAUUUUAUUUUUUGCUUGAAUGCAUUGCAUUGAAAGUAGUGUGCCUUUUCACUUAAUAAGAUGUGCAUGCUGUUUUUAUUGAGCCAGCCUGGCAAUGAUUUCCUGCUUUCUUUAUGUAUGAUACAGAAAAAAUAAACGUAUUUAUAAUAAAAUAAAUAAAUAAAUAAAAAUUUACUGU